AUGCAGACUCUCCCACGACUCUUCCUCUUCUCUGUGCUUCUCGCUACAGGAGGUUUUCUAAAGUGUGAAAUUUGUUCCAGCCCCAGCAGCAGCUGUGUUGGUGAGAGAAAACUCUGUGAUGCUGCCAAAGACGUCUGCGCCAUCAUCUCUAUUGAGAACACCAUAGGUGGGAGCGAGGGGCCUCGGACCAGUCUGGGUGGUGGUUGUGUAUUGCCAACGGAAAAUUACACCAAUGGAGUACAAUGCCCUGCCUGCUACUCUACCUCUAACAGUUGUGUUUCUGAGAUAAUCAAUUGUACCGGAUUUGAGGAUCAUUGCUUUGAACUGGUCUCAUCCACACGUGUUGGUGAAAAAGUAAUCGAGGCCACCAUGAAGGGCUGCACAACCAAAAGUAUUUGCCUGGCUCUAGAAGAAGGAAGAUCCUUCCCUAUUAAAAGGUCUGGCCUGGCUGUCAAAGAGGGCAAAUGUUUACCCAGGUUUUCGAGGGCAUCUCAGCCCACUGGACUCCUCUUCCCGGCCUUCUCUGGGCUUCUGCUGAUGAAGAUUUUCUCCUGA